AUGGCUGAAAGAAAAGUUUUGAAUAAGUAUAUACCUCCUGACUUUGAUCCUGAUAAAUUAAUAGAAAGCAAAAAAUUAUUAAAAAAGAUAGAAAAGAGAAAAAAUAAAAAUAAAAAUAAAAAUAAAAAAAAAUUACUAAAUAUAAGAAUGAUGUAUCCAUUUACCUUAAAAUGUAAUAAAUGUAAUAGCUUUACAUAUGUUGGUACUAAAUUUAAUUCAAGAGUAGAAAAAUUAAAAGAUGAAAAUUAUUUGAAUAUUCCAAUAUGGAAAUUUUAUGGAAAAUGUCAAGAUUGUAAAAAUGAGAUUAUUUUUAAAACUGACCCCAAAAAUGGGGAUUAUUUACUUAUAUCUGGAGGUGUGAGAACAUAUGACGCUCAUAAAGAACAAGAAUUAGCUGAUGAUUUUUAUAGAUCCAAUAACAAUGCUGGUGAAGAAGAUAAAAUUAAAAAUACUGAAAAAGAAUCAUACAAUGCUCUAUUAGAGCUAAAAAGAAAUGAACAAUUAGAAGAAUUACAAAAUAUGAACAAAAGACAUAUAGAUAAAUUUAAUAGUAUAAAUAAAGCAUUAUCGCAUUUAUAUGAAAAAAGUGAAAAUGAGAAUAAUGAAAAUAAAUUUUACAUGAACUAUUUAGACUCAGAAGAUGAAAAAGCUUUUUUUAAUUUACUCAAUAAAAAUAGAACAUUCACAGAGGAUGCUAAUGAAAGAAUAAAUAAAGAUCAAGGAAUUAUAUCUAAUACAUAUAAAGGUGAAAAUAAUAAUCUAGUUGUAGAAGAAGAAAUGGAGGAAGAAGUAGAUGAAGAAACAUUAAAAAAUGAUUUAAUAAUUAAAAAUGAAGAAAAAUUACAAGAUAUUAACGAAAUAAAAAAAAAUGAAGAAUUUUUAAAAGAAAAUGUCCAUAAUAAUCUAGAAGAAACUAAAAAAUUAAACAAAAAAAAUAAAAUAAACAAUAAUAAUAUUAUAAAAUUUAACAAAGAUGAUUCUGAAUAUAAUGAUAGCGUAAAUAAUAACCAUAAUAUAUCAAAUUUAAAAAAUAAUAUAUUUAAAAAAAAAAAUUUGGAAACUGGUUACAAUUUUAUCAUUAAAAAAAAAGAAAAUUUAUCAGAUAUUUUUAAUGAAUAUAAUUCAGAUAAUACAGAUGAUUUAAAAAAUUAA